AUGUGGUGCCUCCUCGUGCUGCUCUGCUCCCAGGGAGCUGCCUUUUCAGCAGGGUUCACAGCACCCUUCACUCUCGGCUCAGAGGGAACACAGCACAUGAAGCACCGCAACCCUGAAGACUUUAUGAACGUUAGUGAAAUGAUCAGAUAUCACGGAUACCCCUGUGAGGAGUAUGAAGUUACCACGAAGGAUGGAUACAUACUUGGUGUUUUCAGAAUUCCCAGUGGGAGGAACAUGCAAAAUACAGAUGUCGGCUAUGAUGUUUGGUUGGGAAACAGCAGAGGAAACACCUGGUCUUCAAAACACAAGACCCUUAAGCCCUGCCAGAAAGAGUUUUGGCAGUUCAGCUUCCAUGAGAUAGGUAUAUACGAUCUCCCAGCUGAGCUGUACUUCAUCAUGAAUAAAACCGGACAGAAGGAUGUGUAUUAUGUUGGUCACUCAGAGGGUUCAACUGCAGGCUUUGUAGCAUUUUCUACAUAUCCUGAGUUGGCUCAAAGAGUUAAAGUGUUCUUUGCUUUGGGACCAGUAGCCACAAUCACAUAUGCUACAAGUCCUUUCGUAAAGUUUGCACGUCUUCCUCAGCCACUGAUCAGGUUACUUCUUGGCUGCAAAGGAGUUCUUCGCCAGAACGAACUGACAAAAGGGCCUGCAACACUGCUAUGCGCAACUCUGGGAAAACUUUGUGCCAGUAUCUUCUGCUUCAUAGCUGGGGGCAGUAUACAAAAUCUGAACACGAGUCGAACAGAUGCAUUUGUAGCACAUUACCCAGCUGGGACAUCAGUACAGAACACUAUUCACUGGCAUCAGUAUGUGCAUGCUCCUGCAUACAGCCCUGACUACAAUUUCUACCGUCCAGACACUCAGCACACAGAUCCAGCAAACGGAGGCAAGGUAGCACAUGCAGACCGAUUCCAGGCUUAUGACUAUGGCUUGAAGGAAAACAUGAAGAAAUACAACCAGCCUACUCCUCCUGCAUACAACAUAGAGAGGAUAAGCACACCCAUUGCUGUUUGGAGUGGCGGACAAGACAAAUUUGCAGGUCCAAAAGACAUUGCAAAGCUACUUUCUCAGAUUACUAAUCUCUGUUACUAUAAGCACAUUCCUGAGUGGGGACAUCUUGAUUUCGUCUGGGGCCUUGAUGCGACUGAGAGAAUGUAUCGGAAAAUCAUUGAACUAAUGAUAAAAUAUGCUUAA